AUAAAACUUCGGCUGCACAGGAACAUAGCUCCAGCUUACAGAGACUGUGUCACUCACAUGAAUCCCUUUCAAUUUUAAAAUGGGCCUGCUGUAUCUAUAAUAAUAAUAAUCCUCUGGAUCUUUCAAGAUUUGUCUCCAGUUUGUUAAUUAAUUCUACGAACAUGUAAGAUCAUAACGUGCAGCCUCAAUUGCCAUCUUCAACAGCAUGGGCUCACCGCGGUCUGUCGCUAGACGAAGAAUCACCAAGUGCACGUUUCUUCUACUACUUGUUAUUCUCGUGACACUUCCGUUCACAGCCAUCUUUGAUCACACCCAAAACAUCACUUCAUUCCUACGCCCACUUUGGGACACACCACCACCCCCAUUCGAAUACAUCCCGCACUACUACGCAGAAAACACCACAAUCAGCAACCUCUGCACGCUCCACGGCUGGUCCUUAACCUCUGAACCGCGCAAUGUCUAUGACGCAAUCCUAUUCAACAACGAACUAGACCUGCUCGAGCUCCGCUGGCGCGAACUAUACCCAUACGUCACCAAAUUCAUCAUCCUCGAAUCCAACAUGACCUUCACCGGCAUGCCCAAACCCCUUGUCUUCGAUUCGAAUCGCGCCCGUUUCGCUUUCGCAGAAGACAAAAUCGUAUACGGGUUGCUCCCGAUCCCACUAUCACCCGAUGUGCCCGUGGACCCUUUCUUAAUCGAGUCACAUCACCGUAGCAUUAUGAACGAGCUGAUCCGACGGUCAGGGAUCUCCGAUGGCGAUCUUUUACUCGUGUCCGACACCGAUGAAAUCCCGAGCUCUCACACGGUUAAGUUGCUAAAAUGGUGUGAUGGGCUGCCAACUGUUUUACAUCUUGAAAUGAGAAACUAUGUUUACUCAUUUGAAUUCCCAGUGGACUACAACAGCUGGCGGGCCACCGCGCAUAUAUACAGCCGGUGGACUCGAUACAGGCAUUCCCGACAAACCGAUCUCAUUCUUUCGGAUGCUGGGUGGCACUGCAGCUUCUGUUUUCGGCACCUGAGCGAGUUUGUGACGAAAAUGACGGCGUACAGUCACGCUGAUCGCGUGAAGAAAAGGGAGUAUUUAGAUUACUCUAGGAUUCAGAGGAAGAUUUGUAGGGGAGAUGACCUUUAUGAUAUGUUGCCUGAAGAGUAUAGUUUUAAGAGUUUGAUAGGAAAGAUGGGGUCGGUACCGCGGUCGGCUUCGGCAGUUCAUUUGCCGGCCUAUUUGAUAGAGAAUGCAGAGAAGUUUAAGUUUCUUCUUCCCGGUGGCUGUCAGCGUUCGCCGGAGUGAGAUCGGUUUUCUGGGUUGGAUACUGUUUGUUUUACACAUGUAUGUAGAGUAGGUUUUCGGUAACAAGAGUUUAAAGAAAGUUAAUGUUUUGUAUAAAUGCUAUCUUAUAUCUUAGUUAAGUUUAUUUGGAUGAUAUAUUCUUAUUUCAUAAAUGUUGAUACAUCUUCGUUAA